AUGGCACCAGUAACAGUAUUAUGCAUAGGAAUGGCCGGGUCUGGUAAGACCACGUUUAUGCAACGGUUAAACGCUACACUUCAUUCCAAAAAGGAACCACCAUAUGUGAUCAACCUUGAUCCAGCCGUCAUCAAAGUUCCAUUUGGUGCCAACAUUGAUAUACGUGACUCUAUCAAGUAUAAGAAGGUAAUGGAACAAUAUAACUUGGGUCCCAAUGGUGCCAUUGUUACGUCAUUGAACUUGUUUUCCACCAAGAUUGAUCAGGUCCUUAAGCUAGUGGAGAACAAGUCCGAUAAAUUUAAUCAUGUUAUAGUCGAUACCCCUGGACAAAUCGAAUGUUUUAUUUGGUCAGCCUCUGGAGCCAUUAUAACCGAAGCCUUUGCUUCCACUUUCCCCACAGUGAUUGCCUAUGUUGUUGAUACUCCUAGAAAUACUUCUCCCACGACAUUCAUGUCCAAUAUGUUGUAUGCUUGUUCCAUUUUGUAUAAGACCAAAUUACCCAUGAUCAUAGUGUUCAACAAGACCGAUGUUAAGAAGGCUGAUUUUGCCGUGGAAUGGAUGAAGGACUUUGAAGCCUUCCAGACCGCUUUAAGACUGGACCAAGAGUUGAAUGGUGAAGAUGGGACCUCUUCUGGAUACAUGAGUUCCUUAGUCAAUUCCAUGUCAUUGAUGUUGGAGGAAUUCUAUUCGCAAUUGGAUGUGGUUGGUGUGAGUGCUUACACUGGAGAUGGGUUUGAUGAUUUCUUAAAGGCUGUGGAUAACAAGGUGGACGAAUACAAUGAAUAUUACUUGAAGGAAAGAGAAAGAAUACUAAAGGAGAAGGAGUUGGAGGAAAAGAAGAGACAGAACAAAUCAUUGAACAAAUUAAUGAAAGAUAUGAAUGUAAAUGACGACACAGAGGUGCUAUCUGAUUAUGAAGAUGAACCAGAGGAUAACAACCAUAAUGGAGAAGUGGUUCCAGAUGAAGAGGAAGAAGUGGAACGUGAAUAUACUUUCCCAGAGGAUAGAAGUGCAGAAAUUACCAGUAAUACUGAAGAAGAUAUCCAAUCUCGUUAUCAACAAGCUUUUGAAGAUACUGCCAAAUCCGCUUCCUCGAAAACAGUCGAAGCCAUAGCCAAUUACAUUCGUCGUUGA